AUGGGUGAUUAUCUGUCGGCACUGGUCAUCAGCGUUUUGGAAGAGAAUGAGAGGGUCUCACAGGUACUGUUCUCUUUGAUAUGCUACUCACAAACAUUCUAUGUAUGUAUCUGGCGUUCUACUGAAUAUCGCAUUGCGUUCAAGGAACAACUAUGGAUUAUGCUCAGACGGAAACCGAAUCUUAUAAUCCAAGAACAUCAGACUUUGAAUCUUUUCACGCGUUCCGUUGCCAGCCAAGACCGUGUUCUUUAG